UUUCGAAUACCUCCUUUUUGAUAAUCUAUUUAUUAAUAUAUUUUAGUGCCACGCAUCAUUGUGCUCCUCUAAGGUCACUGUUUUCAAGUAAAAAUCUAGGAGCCGUAUUAAGUUGUUACUAUUACUCAUUGAACUCCAUAUAAUAAUACUAGUGAACUAAUUUACCAAAUUCUCUUGCGUGUUCAAUUAUACCACCUACUUGUUAACCAAUAGCUAAUGUUGAUUUACAUUAAUUAGGGGUAUCAAAAGAAGUUGGGGAGCAAUAUCUGAUCAUCAAAUUAAAGUAUGGCAACAACUAAGGUGUACGUAGUGUAUUACUCACUUUAUGGCCAUGUGGAGACUAUGGCAAGAGAAAUACAACGCGGAGUUAAUUCGGUCAACGGCGUCGAAGCAACACUUUGGCAGGUUCCGGAGACACUUCCUGAGCGGAUAUUGGAGAAGAUGAAGGCUCCUAAAAAGCCAGAUGAUGUGCCUGAGAUCACGCCUGAGCAGCUCUUGGAAGCUGAUGGUUUCAUCUUUGGUUUCCCUUCGCGUUUUGGUGUGAUGGCAGCUCAAUUUAAAGCAUUUUUUGAUGCCUCCCAUGAGAUAUGGGCAACUCAAUCAUUAGCUGGUAAACCUGCUGGAAUCUUUUGGAGUACCGGUUUUCAUGGAGGUGGCCAAGAGCUUAGUGCACUAACAGCCGUAACCCAGUUGGCGCAUCAUGGCAUGAUAUUUGUUCCUCUUGGCUAUACUUUUGGUAAAGGGAUGUUUGAGAUGUGCGAGGUGAAAGGUGGAUCGUCCUAUGGAGCUGGAACUUACGCUGCAGAUGGUUCGCGCCAGCCCACGGAACUGGAACUUCAACAAGCUUUUCAUCAGGGCAAAUAUAUUGCUGAAAUUACAAAGAAACUCAAGUAAUUAGUCACAUAACAAAGAGUAAAAGAGAAAAGGAUCGUCCUCCUUUGCUUAUAUUCUGUCUACAAAUGUACAUUAAUCUGUUAACUGAGAUGUUAACUGAUCUUCCCUCUUAUGUAAAGUUUACUUGCUUGCCAUUCAGUAUUCUCCAAUAGCCUCUGUGGCCUGAUGAGAUCCAUUUAUUAUAUUCUUCUAAAA